AUGAACUUGGUCACUGAUCCCGACGCUCACAUCCAGACAGUCAAGCGAACCACUCCUCAAUAUAUCAAAUCCGACUCUCUCAAGUCCUCUUCGGCCACGAACGAAUACUUUUCUGACUAUGCCUCCGAAGUCGCCAGUCAAAAGUCGGACGAUUCCAAAGCAAGCUAUGAGACGCCUCCCUCACGCAUCUCUACUCCUUUACCAGUACAGCACAACCCUAUCGAUUCCGAGAUGACACUUCCUUCGAGGCCCGGCGCAAUCCAGCCGGCUCCUUUGAAUAUUCGACACAACCAACCCACAGGUGCACAGACGACCGUGCGAUUAUUGUCUAGUUUCGACGACAUGAGCCCUCCGACUCCCGGGGUUGAUGAUACACCGUAUAUCAGAUUUGCCAUCGAGCAAUUAACAAGAGAUGAGGAUGUCAUUGGCCGAGGCAGGGAUAGUACGUUUCCUGGUCCGAAUGCGCCUCUUCCAGCGCCUCUGCCUCCUAUCGAGCCUGGUUUCGACGAAAGCCCGCGUGCUGCAACACCCUCUCCUCCUCCACCGACUCCACCACCACAGCCUACCUCGCCCCGUCCGUCCUCUCGGCCCCCCUCACAGGCGGGUCACCGAGAGGUUCUGAUUCCAGUCGAUCUUUCGAAAGACCUUCGUCUGCGACUAGGCUUUGUACCACUACCCUUAAGAAUUCCGAUUCUUGGUCUAUUCUUCCUCUUAUGCCUUUUAAUGAUCGCCGCCCUGAUAUUUAGCCUGGUUUUUGCAGGCACGAAUCACGCACUCUUCAACUAUGAUGGAAACGCGACGCCCCGCUAUUUUGUCUUCCAGUACCUGCCACAACUGGUUGGCAUUCUCUUGAUCCUGUGGCUUUUUGUGAUUGAAGCCGCAGUGUACAGAUCCCUCCCUUACUACUGCAUGGGCCCUGGUCGUCGCAAUCACUGGGUUUUGCAGAAUAUGCGGAUUCUACCAGCAAACUAUCUUCUGCCGGACCUCACCUUUUUCCGAAACGGCGAGCCCUUGCUGGGGGUGACAUUCUUGUUCUUCUGGAUGACGAGUUUCACUGUCCCGCUUCUCGCAUGCGUCUUCCAGACACAGUGGAUCGCAGAUGACGGGCCGGCACGUUUCAGAUGGACGACAGUUAGAGGCGUCGGCUGGACUCUAGUGGCGUUAUAUGCCCUUCUUUGCCUUGGACUCUUGUAUUGCGCCUUUCGCUUUCGACGACGGAAUUCCAACUUGCUCUGGGACCCCUCCUCUCUUGCGGAUCUGAUCUGUUUGUUCCGGAGGUCCAAUGUGGGUUCCGACUUCGAGCAAACCGAGAUAUCACCACAGCCAGACGUGCAGAUCCCGCCGAGGAAUCUGCGCCUAGGUUUCUUCACCACGUCUGAACGACCAGAAGUAUUUCAUGGCGUGGGCGAGGAGUACGCACCUGUCAAGAGACUAUCAUUCCCGCCGGAGAAGCCGAAAGCUGCCCCUGGCUUAGGCGAGCGGGGUGAUCUUGAAGCUCAGCGGCAUUCUUAUGGCUCUGCGUUUGCUCGCAACAUCCAUUCGCCUUUUGUCCGAUACCGGUGGACUCCUUGGUUUCUCCGUGACUCGUUCGUCUUGGCAUGGAUUGUGGCUGCAGUUCUGCUGGACCUCGCCUUUUUGGUCGUCAGCUUUGUCAACAAAGCGGUUCAAGAUGGCUUCCGUCCCCUCCUCCCAUCUCUGACGGAUUCAAGUGGCUUCUCACCUGCCAACUUUCUCUACAGCUUCAUCCCAGCAUUCCUUGGCAUGGUGCUGUUCCUCGCUUGGCAGCCCAUUGACAUGUAUUACAGAGCUGUUCAGCCGUUCCGCAAUCUCUCCCAACCUACUGGUUCCACGGCAAGAAACUCGCUUCUGCUCUCAUACCCUUCCUAUGGACAUGUACGAGUCAUUAUCCGGGCCCUGAUCAAUCGCGAUUACAAGGUCGGGUAUGUUACUUUCAUCUCGCUCCUCUCGCUCUCUAUUCCGGUGCUGGCCGGUGGAGUGUUCACAGCGGUGUUCUUCUCCUCAGACAAUCAAGUCAGGAUCGUCGCGAGUAUGCCUGGGUACAUUGCGUUAUGCGUGCUGGUCACCAUCUAUGCUCUCUCGUACUUGGUUAUCUGGCCGACCAGGAAGCGAUAUCUGCCGCACGGUAUCAACACCACAGCGGCCCUUCUGAGUUGGCUAUAUGCUAGUCCAUUGCUCGGUGAUGUCGCCCUCCAGAACAUUGGAACGAAAUCUGAGUUGGCCGAGAGAUUAACAGGACCGACUACCACUCCAGCGCCACUGACUGGUGAUGCCGAAAUGGACGAGAAAGGUCGCCGUUCACGGCGCGCUGUCCGGCGUUUGGCACAGGGCGCUGGGAUGCGAUAUGCCUUCGGCAUCUUCGUUGGUCGGGACGGUAAAGAGCAUCUUGGCAUCGACCGCCUACAGAGGCCUGGGAGUCGAGAAAUGCUGGUGGUUCCGACUUCGCGUUAG